AUGACUCAAGAUGCAGAUUUGGUGCAGUUGUUGCCGGCAGGCCAUUCUGUCGGAAGUAUCCGUACUCGUCGUCCACUCAUGUAUGUAUUUUCCGGUGGAAAUGAAGAUGCCGCUUUCUUCUCAGUGAAUGGUUUUUCGAUACUACUUGAUGGAGGUGAUCAGAAGGUUGUCCCAUACUGGAAUUUGAUUCGUAAUUAUGAUAAAAUAUCAGCGGCAAUAGUUACUCGUGUAAGUCCAAAAUGUUUGCAAGGAAUCUCAGCGAUUUUAAUGCGAAAAUGUUUGCAAGAGUGCCAUCCAAAUUUUGGUUCUUUGAUUUGUAAUUUGCCACCUUCAAGCAUAACAUAUGGAGACAGUGAAGCUGCAAAGAUUUUGUACACAAUGCAUGAGGGUCUGCGUGCGGAAGGUCUGAAACCGAUUGAAGCUUUUGCUAGUACAAAGCUAGAAACAAUAACUUUAUAUGAGGUAAUAGGAGAGGGCGCAUUGCGUAUGAUUGUACUAAAUCCAGAACGUGGUUCGAAGGAUCUGACUUCGCUCAUACAUGCUCUAAAAACCGAUGAAAAUAUUGAAAAAUUUGCCGCCUUAACAUCACUAGCACUUCUUUUGGUUUGGCAUCCAUCAGAUCAUACAUUGCCAGUAUCUCGUAUUCUUAUUACUGGCUCCUGUCCACUGGACAAACUUUAUGCAUCGCUGGAAAAAUUGAAGAACGAGGAAUACUUACGUUACUCACAAUUUACGCAAGCCAUGAAAGAGAAAUCAUCGACUGCUCGUCCAGGGAAAAUAAUACGAAAACCUACACCUACAAAAAAUCUCCCCAGUUUGUCAUUUUCGCGUCCUGUGUCGCUGAAAACAACAGUUCAUUCUGCAGCUGGUGAACCUAUGAAAAAAGUGGUUAGACAGCCAUUGGCACCACCGCGACAUGUUGCGAGUGGAAAGAGACCAAUCACUGAACCAGCAAAGGCAUCUGCUACCGAGCGAUGCAAAAAAAAUGCUGCUCAGGAAAUCAAGCUAAUAGAAAAAGGAAAAACGAAAUUAGUUGAUAAAGUUGAAGUAAGAACUCCAAUAGCAAAAAUGGAAGCUCAAAGUUCAAAUUCGGUUUCGACAGAGGUACAGCCUGCUGAGGUGCUGCAAAACCCAAUGGCGUCGACUGACCUACCAUCUUUGAGUAACCCGCAAAACUCAAUAAGUCCAUCAUAUCCCGACCACAUUUUUAAAGUGGUACACUCUUUUGAAAUGGAAAGUAAAAUUCCCACAUCUCCCGAAAGCCCACAAAUCUCCGAUAGUCCACAGAUGCCCGAAAGUCUACAAAUGUCUGAAAGUUCAGUUGACCCACAAAUUUCGGAUGGUAAUGGUUUGCUAGAUGGCAUUGAAGAACCGAUGCAAGUACGUAGAAUUAGUAUGGACUUUUCGAGCGAUGGCAAGAAUUUUGUUGGCGAUUUCAUGGAAGAUGCGGUGGGGAUGCCGGGAAAAGGAUUCGAUUUGUUAAACUCGACACGACCAUCACAGGACACGCCACUACUUGAUUCUACACCGAUGUCGCCAUCAGCACCAUCUCUUGCAGGAGCUGAUGUGAUUCAUGAUUCUUCAGAUGCAUUUGUUUCGAGAGAAAGAAUUGCACAUCAUGAUAAUGAAAUUGUUAGUAAAGCUGCAACGCAUAAUCAAGAAGUUAUGCACAAGGAGAAUUUCCAGGAUAUAUUUGGUGAUAUCACUCCAUUCAUGGCUGGCCUAGUAACGGGGAUUGUUGAUGACUCUUCAACGCUGCAGACGUUGUCGCCAGCCAAUAACGAUGAAUUUGAAAUGCUGAAAUCUUUGACAACGACCGUCUCAUUAAACAAACUCAAUAAUGGAACACCGGAAUCCGUGCAGGACGACAAAAGUGAAGAGAUUGAAAGAACGGUGAUUUUACGUGAGGAGACUGAAAAGAUAUCAUCCGCUAUCAAGCGUGAAGCAUUCCCGACUCGAAGCAGCGGUUCGAGUGACUCUGUUACUGCUCAGCCGGAUCCAGCCCUAGAUGAGGUGAUCGAUUCGCUAGCCGAAGCAUCGGAAAUGGUUGAUAAUGCAAGAAAAACAACAUCUGAAUUAGAGCGUAAUGUUCAAGGCCUAACAACACAAGUAAUCAAUAAUACCCAAUCAGCAACGGAAACCGCUGUAGCAGGUUGUAUGGAACAACUGGCAACUAUUGGAGAUAUAUUUGAUGGACGAGUCACCAAUAUAACUCAUGAUAUCAAUGAUAAUGCUAAUGCGCUUGCGAAUCAAAAUGCCUAUGAAGAAAAACGCGCGGAAGAAAUGUACCUUCCACCGAUGACGAGUACCGCUCGAACACGUGCGAAACCAGCCAUUAAUGGUGUAAAAACUAAGCCCAAACUAUCCCAACCACUCUAUUUUGAUAUUGUUUUCGUCCCACAUCACGGUGCCCAUCCUAUGUUAAAAGAUGAGGAAGCAGCAAAAGCAUUCGUAACUAGUGUUCGAUCCAGACGUUACGUGAUGAGUGGAAAAGAGUCAAUACGAACAUAUUUUAUCGACGGUCUUAUUGCUGGUAAAGCAGCAUGGAAUAAACCAGAGCUUGAGGUGGAUGUGCUUCCAACACAUGAUGUCGAUGAACUGACAUUGUAUAACCGUGAAAAAGCCAAUGAAUUAGCCGAAGCGGGUAUCAGUUUACGUUGCUCGGUUGAGCGCUGUACGCUGAGGCUAUCCAGUGGUAGUACUGAUGAUAUUUGUGCCGCAUUCAAAUUCGAAAUAUGA